GUUUUCUGUGUUUGAAGCUUUAAAAAACCGAGCAUGUGAUGAAAAUGGCAAUUUAACACAAGCAAAUAUUUUAUUAUGUGGUCUUGGAGCAGGAUUGUCUGAAGCUGUACUUAUUGUUUGUCCAAUGGAAACUGUUAAAGUGAAAUUUAUUCAUGAUCAAACCCAACCAAACCCAAAAUAUAGAGGAUUUCUCCAUGGUGUAUCAACUAUGAUCAAGACGGAUGGUAAGUGAUUGGCAAACAUGUUGACUUGUAUAUUAAAACUGUCUGUACCAGUGUGAGUAGUACCAAUGUGAAAAUGCUGCGCUGAGUGGUUAUAUUACUACUUUGAAAAAAAAAAACCCCAGAAACUCGAUGUUUUGAGCGAAGGCCCUUUUUGGCUACUAACUCUUGACGGAGGGCCUUCGCUCGAAACGUCGAGUUUCUGUUUUUUUUUGUUUUUUUUUAAAGUAGUAAUAUAACCACUCAGCGCAGCAUUUUGACUUGUAUAUUGACUGGUAAUAUUCUAUAUGGUUUAUCUAGCAAUAACCAUUCCAUAGAAUACUUUCUACAGGUUCAGAUUUGACUUCCACCACCACUCACUGGCUCAGAAUGCAUUUGAUUGGUUAAUCAUAGUCCAUUAAUGAUGGCGGUGGCGAUAGUGGAAGUCAAUUCUGAACCUCUCUGUCCUGCAGUAGGAUGCUGUAACAAUGCAAUGUGAAACGCUUUUCAUGCAAACGUGUUGUUGGUUUGGGUUCCGAAAGGUAUAUCGCAAAUGGAAAAUGUUACUAUUUUAGUAACAAAUCACUUCGAAGGUUUGAAUCAUAUUUGAUCAAGAAAGGGUCAGCCUUCAUCACCCAAGAUCAUCUCUAAAGCUAACCUCACGUGAGUGAGAUCAGGUGCCUUUUGUUAUGUUUGUAUAAGAUAAAUAUCAACUCUCGUGGAAAUUGGGAAAACUCGAAAUUGUGUGGAAAAAAUUCCGCCCUUCAGGCGUCGUGUUUCCACACAAUUUCUCGUUUUCGCAAUUCCCACUCGUGUUGAUAAAACUGUAUAUCAACACGGAAAAUGUUUAACAACAGUUUUAUAGUAUAGUAUUUGUAAAUUCUGAACGCUAAUUGGCUAAGAGCUGUGUUGACAUAACUCAAUGUCAACACGGAAAAUUUCUUUCUUUAUAUUUCUUUGUGCUAUAUUAUAAAAAAAAUAUAAAACAUUUUUGUAUCUGCGCGUAGCGCUGGAUACUAUGCUAUCGAGUUGUGUGUGUAUGUGCGUUAAACACUCAGGUCGACCAAUUAGGGCUGUACGCCUGUGAACAGGCAGUAAAACAAAUAUGGCGGCUUUCUCGCAGAUGCAUGUACGCCAAGCGUACCUAUUUUUCCGUAUUGAUAUACAGUUUUAUAUGAUAAGCACUUUCAUUGGUAGAGAGCCAUGAUCUAUUGGAGGACAGACGCACGGAAUUACGUCACACAAAAUGAUAUCAGACUGUGACAUAUUCCCACAUUAUGAUGUCAUUACAUAUUCCCACAUUAUGAUGUCAUUACAUAUUAUAAAAUAACAUGUAUAUAACGCGUGCUCUGAUUGGUCGAAACCCGUGUUUGGAUCAGGCCAUCCAAACACGGAAGACUAUCGUGUUGUUGUUAUUUUAUAAAACAAUUACUUUAUGGUUUCCCUGUUAGGAUGACCUGAUCCAAACACUUGGGAAUGUUGCUCGAGUUAAGAAAAGCGCGCAAAAUCACUCGCCUUCGGCUCGUGUUUUCGCGCGCUUUUCUUAACUCUCGCAACAUUCCCGCGUGUUUGGAUCAGGCCAUCCAAACACGGAAACCAUAAAGUAAUUGUAUAUUCCCACAUUAUGAUGUCAUUACAUAUUCCGGAAAGGUCUAUUGCACAGUGCUCAGAUAGUUCCCGUUCGUCGAUGUGGGCAUUUACUGUAUCCUAACUAAAGAAUUCCUUUUGACGAGUAACAUCGGAGUAACAUCGUUUGGUGUUUUCCAGAAUAUAAUAUUUUUGCAGAGUUCUGUUGGUAAGCCAUAUAAAUAUGCAACGACAUGUCACAAAAACCUAACCCCAUUUUUUUUAUAAUUUUUCAACAACCAGGUAUAACUGGAGUAUACCAAGGUCUUCUACCGACGAUGUUGAAGCAAGGAACCAAUCAAAUGAUCAGAUUUUUCGUGUAUUCGAAUUUAAAGUCAUGGCUACAAGAAGGAGAUAAUUCAAAAGAUAUUGGCGCAGUUCGUACCUUCUUGAUUGGUGGUGUAGCUGGAGCUGCAAGUGUGUUUGGGAAUACUCCGGUUGAUGUUGUGAAAACCAGAAUGCAGGUGAGGUGUAGAACGCCGAAACAUGCAUGUCCCCAUGUCUGCAGAUUGUACUAUAUACUGUACUUGAAUUUAUUUAAUUAUGCUCUGGAUAUCGAACUGAAAGUUUUUAUCUGCCAAAAUUGGACAACUAUCGUUACAUGGUGUUGUAUUUAUCAUUUAUAGACCCGGAGCGAGGCGGAUUCGGCGAAAUAUAUUACCCGAAGUGAUAUUUCCCGAGGCCGCUUUGCCCCGAAGGAAAUAUAAUCGCUGAGGGUAACAUUUUGCCGAAUUCCCCGAGCGGGAGGUGUCUAUAAAUUAUAUAAUAUACCGAAAGUUAAAGAACCCACUAAAUUCGUGUGAAAAAAAAUAUUUAAAUUACAAUCCAGAGAACACUAUAAUUUGUAAAAAAUUGUGAAAAUUUGGACAAAAUUGUAAAUGAAACAAACUUACAACUUACAUUAUUAAAAUUGCUCGUCUAACCUCAUUUAUUAUGCAAUCCGACAGAUUACGGUCUACCGUAAACCUCCAAUUUAUGCCCUGGGCUUGUAUUCGUUCGCAACCAUUUCUUAUGGGCUUAUACAUGGCAGGGUUUAGGGGCCGACCAUUUAACUUUUGAAGGGGGUCGCGUUUACUGCUGGCGGGGAAUGUACGAUUUUUUUUCCACUCUCUUUCGCAACAUUUUUUUUCUCAAUAGCUUAUAUACUAUUUAGAUUCUUUAAUUAUAGUUAACGUUGAGUUUUCUAGCUUUCUUUCAUUGCUUUUAAUAAUACAUAUUGCUAUGAGGUAUAACAUUUGGUUCAGGGCCUCUUUUAAGGAUGUGUAACUGGAGAGAGGACAUAUUUAGCGGGGUUACCUGGAGAAGUUCCAGUCGGCAAGUCUGUAUCGGCCUGUAUCACUGCAGCUACCAGCAUAUAUAUGCAUGGUUUAACUAAUAAGUAUAUGUCAUAGGGCAGCAAAUCAGGCUAUAACUAGGAUUCUGAGACAACCGAGUCGACAACCGAAGCUGCGAGCCUCUAGAGGGGUCUGGGGGCAUGCCCCCAGAAAAUUUUGGAUUUCUUGAAGCUCAGAUAAGUUAUUUCCAGCAUUUUGAGCAGUUUUCAAGAAAUUAACCUUACACUAGUCCCUGAAAAUCAAACCAGCUGAUCUUCUGGGACUGGUCAAAUCGAUCCCUGCAACCAUGCAUGCUGUUUUGCAACAUUUUUUCCCCCACCAAAUACUGGGGCAGGAUAUUUUUUCCCCCAGUUUGUUAGUGCAGGUAUUUUUUUUUGUUCAGAAUACUGUAGCCUUGCAGGAAAUUUUUUUCAAAAUCACCCCCCUCCUCAAAAGUUAAAUGGUCGAUCCUUUAUAUACGUGGGGGCUGGCCUUAUAUGCGGAAGACAUUAGCUGUUAGUAAUAAUAUUUCUUGUACCUGUAAACUAUACCGUGAACGAAAAGAAAUAUAAACAUACAGUAUAUAACACAUAAUAAAACACGUUGGUUAACAUGUUAUGAUACUGUAUAUCUCCAUCCAGCAAAUAUUUGUCUAAUUAAUGGAUAUAUUCGAGACGUGCCAUUGGUGUCCGUCACUAUAUACUACUCACUAUUAUUUCUUUAUUUACAUUUUAAGGGCUUGGAAGCACAUAAAUAUAAAAGUUCUUGGGAUUGUACUGUAAAGAUAGCAAAGCAUGAAGGGCCUAAAGCGUAAGUGUGCCUGAAAUAAUUGUAUUGCCCUGUUUUUUGUAACAAUUCCAGUGGCGAAACAGUAGCGAUAUUUACUGUAUACAUGACACUACAGUAGCUUGCGAGAAGGGGCUCUGGGGAGGGGGGAAUCUGCAGAGUCUAGUGCUCGCAAGCUAUACUACACGCAUCUCGUCCGACGAAUUCACAUCGAUUCGAAGAAUGGUUGUCAUUUUUUUUUUCUCCCGAAAUCAAUUUCAGUCGAGGUAAUCACUGCCACCACCCAAAUACCGGCGUUUGCGGUAGAUUUAGCCAAGGAGACUGAAUAACCUAAGCUUUGCUAAAAAAUGUUUAUUAGCUUGGUAAUGCGUAAAAAAUUGUGGCAGAUGGUUUUCGAAUCGGUAAAUAGGGUGUUCAUUUUCCCGCUCCGAAUUCUUUCCGGCCUGGAGCCAGUCCAUGAGGUAACAGCGUUUCCUGCAAGUGAUUGGAGCCAAUUGCAAACCGUCAGAGGGUCUUGCGACUUGUACAUGCUAGCUAGCAUAAAGUAGCAUUUCAAUAUUUCCCAAUUUUUUUUGCAGUACUGUACUUACCGAUCAGACGAAGGGCCCUCGCUCGAAACGUCGAAAUUUUCAUUAUCAACUAUCAAGCCGUCAAGCUCUGAGUUAUGUUUCCUAUUGCCGAAAUUGAUUUUCUCAGGUCUAGUUGUUCAAAUGUCCCCCCCCCUCCAGUGGCACGAUCUCCCAUCGCAACUAGCAAGCUAGGCUGUCCCCAACAUGCUCCGGAUGCUCCCUUCGUUCGCAGGGCUAACUACAUGCAAACUAUUUUUGGUUACCUGCAAGGUCACUUUCCGAUCACAUACAAACGAGGCUGAAUAUUAAAACCAUAAUUUAAUGUAUUUUUCGACAGGUUUUAUAAAGGUACUGUGCCACGUCUGGGCAGAGUUUGUUUUGAUGUGGCCUUUGUGUUCACGAUAUACGAACAAGUCAUGAAAGUUUUGAAUUAUGUCUGGGUCACGGAUUGA